CCUACUUCUCUGUACUGUUGUUAAGCGCCUGGUCAGGAGUACGCCAGUCGGAUUUAACGGAGUGACGUGUGGCGCAACACGAUCACUGCCUCGGCACUUGGAAGAUAACUAGUUCAAAGACUCCACGGUGUGCGGCGACCAAAAACAACCUGGACUUCUACCUGUUGACCCUGAACACAAGGGGUCCCUGCGGGUGCCCCCCCCCUCACCACCACCACCUCCGAUUCGAUGCUCCAUAAACACCAUGCACCGGAGCUGGUGUGGAUUUAACCCUGCCCUUUAAAAGUGCCGAACCACCCGCGUCCUUUCACCUGCCAUCCGAGGACACGCCCGCCGGCCGAUAUGACGAGGGUAGCGGCGUGGUCCGCCAAGGACGUCGCGGACUGGCUGAGCAAAGAGGGCAUGACUGAGUAUAUUGACGCCCUGCACCAGACGGACGGCGCCGCCUUGCUGCAGCUCAGGCAGGCCGACUUUCACCGACCGCCGCUCCUGCUGGUGUCGUCGGAUGGUGGGCAGCAGCUGCUGGAGCGUCUGGAGACACUGCGGAUCGAGACCCACAUCGAGGCGCACAAGAACGGCCACGCGAACGGCCACGCCGGCGGCCUGCCCAACGGGACGGUUAAACCCCAACGGAACGGGACAUUGCGGACGGCUGAGAUGGUGCGCAUUCCCAUCCCUCCGAUGGAGGCCUCGCGCACCUCCUUACCGCCCGAGUGGGGCAAGACGGGCGUGGCGUUCGUCUACGCGGUGGUGUGCUUCGUCACCACCACCGUCGUGAUCUCGGUGGUCCACGAAAGGGUGCCGUCGAAAGAGCACACCCCACCCCUGCCCGACAAAUUUUUUGACCUGUUCAACAGAGUUGAAUGGGCCUUCUCCAUCUGCGAGAUUAAUGGCAUGCUGCUGGUGGCGCUGUGGCUCUUACAGUGGGCUGUCCUAAAGCACAGGUCAAUCAUAGGCAGGCGCUUCUUUUUCAUUGUGGGUACACUGUAUUUGUAUCGGUGUAUUACCAUGUACAUCACCACUCUGCCUGUCCCCGGGAUGCACUUCAAAUGCUCUCCGAAGCUUCUGGGCGACUGGGAAGCACAGAUGAGGAGAGUGAUGAAGAUGAUUGCCGGCGGCGGCCUCUCCAUCACGGGCUCCCACACCAUGUGCGGAGAUUACCUAUACAGCGGCCACACGGUCAUGCUAACGCUAACGUACCUCUUCAUCAAGGAGUAUUCCCCCAGAAGGUUCUGGUGGUACCACUGGUUCUGCUGGACCUUGAGCGCUGUGGGAGUCUUCUGCAUCCUUCUGGCGCAUGACCACUACACUGUGGAUGUGGUGGUGGCCUACUUUAUUACGACACGCCUCUUUUGGUGGUACCACACGAUGGCCAACCAGCAGUCGCUGAAAGAGACAUCGCAGAGUAACCUUUUCUCGCGGGUGUGGUGGUACCAGCUCUUCCUGUACCUGGAAGAGAACGUCAGCGGCAUCGUUCCCCGCUCCUAUCAGCUGCCGCCGUGGGUGAGAACUGUGCAGUGGAACCGCGGCGUCAUGUACAGCCGGCUUGAUGUCCAGUGACGCUCACCGCGACGUCAUGGCAGGCAGGACUGUGAAUUCCAAAAGUGCUGUUUUUUUUUUAAGGCGGAACGUACAGUUUCGAUGUAGCGCACUCCUUCCCCUCCUCCCUCCGAAAGCAGGUGAUGCCUCUGUUUUCUCUCCUGUCCCUUCUUUUUUUUUGUGUGUGUGUAUUUUUGUUCUCUGCAGGUAGCAUCAAAUAUUUCUUUUUAUUUGUUUUGGUAUAUCGUCCUUUGUGUCACUUAGCAUUUUCAAACAUUUAAAAAAAUAUAUAUCCUCAGUAAUAUUAAUGUAUCUAACGAGUAGUUUUUCCCCACUUGCACUUAGCGCAAAAUCAAUGUCAUGUUUUUGUGCUUUUUAUUUUUAUUUUUUACUCUCCCAGGUGUAGUCUCGUAAAAAACGCCAAUUUUUUUUUUAAAAUCCCCAAUACACAAAAAUAUUUUGUUUUUGAUUAACACAAUUGGUGAUAUUUUUUGUUGGACAGCGACAACAUUUUAAGUUAAAAAUGUCACCUGCAUUUGUUUUUUUUUUUAAAUCAAAGUACCAUAAUUCACGUUUUUGUAAUCUAAACUUACUCAAAUGAGUCAAAGGUGCAAAUAACUAUUUUUUCUAACCAUGUUUAUUUUUCAAGAGAAAAAAAAACUCCGCCAAAAUGUUUUUUUUUAAAGACUUUUACCUUUUUCAAGAAAUUAUAAGGAUCUAUAAAGAAAUAUCAUAGUGCCUUUUCUUGCUUGAUUGUGAAGCAACUUCAAGUACCAUAUGUCUUGCAUCCCUUGAGCUACAGUGGAGUCACAAGGGGUCCGGUUUUGUCUCCAUGAAUGUAAAGACACCCCCCCCCCCCCAAAAAAAAUGGCAGCCUUACUGCAAGGAUUGGUCUUCCCAAAUGAGUGUGACACAUGUCCCAUCUGUGUAUUUCUUGAUGCUUUGUAAUGACCUUUUACGCUUGGAUAACAGGAAAUAUGACUGUUAUAUGUAUAUUUUUUAAGAAUGUCCGUAUCAUUUCAUUAAGUUUUGAAGCAACACCAGCGCUGAAGCGGGGUACACGCUUACCGCUUUUGAACAUCUGCGUGAGCGACCCUCACGUGGAAAGAAAGAGUGCUUUUACAGCUCUUGUCACCCAUCGUCCACUAGUUGCGCUGCGACUCAAAAUUUGCAUCGGCAUCCAAAUACACGUUUUCGAACAGCCGUGUGAUUCAGAUGGCUAUUGCGAACCCGUACCAAUAAAGUAUGGUGGACCUAUGGAUGUGAAAGUGAAGUGUAGUGAGUCUCUGAGUAAACUCAAGGAAUGAUUCCGUUUAUCCACACUCUUAGACCAUGCCAGUUUCCUUUCUUGCUAUUACCGUAGCGACAGCAGCAAGUGUACAGUCGCGUCAUGCUGUUUGGGUUUCAGUGUGGGGCGGGGCAGCACAGGACACUUUUUGUGGUGCCUCAAAAUAAUAUUUCCCGAUAAGAACAUAGAGUGGCCAAAUGUAUUUCCUUAGCGAUUGUCCAGUUUGGUCUUUUGGUUACAUCGCUCACUGUAUGACGGGCAUGACGAAUAACUAGUUCAAUUUUAAAAUGUGACCAGUAGCACGUCUACUCGUACAUUAUGGCUCAUGAAUAACACGUACUGAAGUUUACAUGCAAGUGAGGCCAAAGAGCGUAGUGGUAAAGGACCUCAAGUUGGAUAUCCGAAAUAUUGGAUAAAUGCCCAAAGGUUGUAGUAGUAGACCGAAGCGGCACUAGUCGUGAACAAUUGUAUGAGUAAGACAUUUUUUAUCCUCAACGUGUUGUAUUGUCUUAAUAGGACGGACAAAGAGUGUACUAGUGUGUAUGGACCUGUUUCAAUGGCUUCCCAUUGGUUAAUGUUUAUCAGAGUCACCCCUUCGACAGUUCAUCAGAGAUGGGGGGGGGGGGGGACACUUGCAACACCCCACGGCACAGGAUAAUCGUGCAGGAUAAUCUUUCAGAGACUGUUGUGGAUUUAGGUGACCAUGUUGUAAUUCGGCCUAAAAAUUGGUCUGCGUGUACCCCUUCUUAAGCAUUACUUCAUGCUGAGAGAAUGUUCACUGAAGGUUCUAGUCAAGUGUUCAAGUUAGUUGACGCAGUAAAACAGUAACUGGAAGCAUAACUGAAAUGGUUCUGAAUGUGCUUCAUCCACCGUACGGGGCUGGGGAAUCUACCUCUCUUAGAAAACACCUCCCCCCAAAUUUUUGGUCCUUACAUCAUGUUACUCACAAAAUUUUUGUGAGUAGAGUAUUAUAAUUAUUUUUUAAUCAAUUAAAGGUUCCCCAUUCUUGUUCUUAGCAUUUCAAUUUGGAGACGGUGUAUAUUUACUCCGCCGGUCUUCCAAAUAUACUGAGAAAACAAUCCAGCGUGAGAGGUCUCCAAAGGGGCAACGAGAUGGUGGUGUGAAGUGAUCGUGGCGUCAUUUUCCUUGAAUGUGAACAGUGUCCUGCUUUAAUGAUACCUAGACAGUCACAGGCUGAAAACCUAACAAAAUAAUUUUCAGUUCCAAACCCUUGUUUUGGGUUACAGCUAAACUACCCCUUUUUUUUUCUUCUUCUGUCGAGUAUGUCAAAGGCAGAAGGCUAGGGACUAUUUCUUUUUUUGUGACUUUGCACACCGUUCAAAAAGCUUAGCAGUGUUCAUACAGACAUUGUCCAAUCAUCUCUUUGUUUUCCACAAGAGCACAACAUGUUCCUCAUGUGCACCCAUGUCGUGAUUAGGUUGAACUAAUUGUCCAAAUUGGACUGUAAUAAUGGCUGAUGAAAGGCAGAGAAGACAUUUGUGUCUUUGGUUUGCCAAUCAAGCCGUUGUUUUUUUUUUCUUUUGUUUUUAAUUAUCCUGUAUGUAUGUAUAUUCAUCUGUUCAAGCAGUUUAUCCCAUUUUGUGCAUAUACCACCAGUUUGUAAGAUAUGAUAAAGGAAUCUACAUGGGACGCCCUUGAAUAAAAAGGUUUUACUAUA